CUCGGUACCUUAUCGACCACCGUAGACCGGAAGUACUUUUCAGAUGCGUAGUAGAGUUGCUAGGUAGUUAGCACGGGAUUUACUGUAACAUGGCCGCGUAUUCCAGCGUAAAAUCAACCAAACUCGUGCUUAAAGGUCUAAAGAAUAAAGGCAAAAAGAAGAAGCACAAGGACAAGAAAAGAAAACGCGGUGAUGAGGAAGAGAAAGUGGACGUGGUCGGUGGCUGGUGGGUUGUGCGUAAUUUGGGUGAUAUCAGUGGCACGGUGGCGAUGGAGAUGCACAGCAGGUCGUACAUACACGCGUUAGAUACAGGACUGUUCACCAUCGGAGCUCCACAUACAGGAGAUGAUGAAGGUCCUGAUCCACCGGAGCAGUUCACCGCCGUCAAGCUCUCAGACUCCAGAAUAGCUCUGAAGUCCGGUUACGGUAAAUAUUUGGGGAUAAACUCGGACGGCGUCGUGAUCGGACGCUCGGACGCCAUCGGCUCCAGGGAGCAGUGGGAGCCGGUGUUCCAGGACGGUAAAAUGGCUCUGAUGGCAGCCAACAGUUGUUUUAUUUCGUACAGUGAGAGUGGAGACAUUAUGGCCAAAAGUAAAACAGCUGGUGAAGAAGAGAUGAUCAAGAUUCGCUCAUGUGCUGAGAGAGAAAUGAAGAGGAACGAUGACAUCGCAGACGAGGACCGAGGAAACGUCAAGAGCUGCGAGAUCAACUAUGUGAAGAAGUUCCAGAGCUUCCAGGACAGGAAGUUGAGGGUGAACGAGGAGGACAGCAACACGCUGAAGAAAGCCAGGACUGAAGGCAAAUUCCACGAGACUUUACUGGACAGAAGAGCCAAGAUGAAAGCUGAUCGAUACUGCAAGUGACACAGGAGCCACUUCUCUAUUACUCCUUUUUAUUAUUUUAGUUUACUCUUUUUUUUUUCUUGCUGUUAAUUUGUCCAGUCUGAUGUUAUAGUGUUGUGUAUUAAAUAUUUUAACUGACCAGA